AUGGUCCCUAGAAUAGCAAGUCGUCAAUGGAGGGCCACAUUUAAGCAACUGAGACAACAAACAGGGCAAUUGUUGUCAAAUCUUGAUCAAUACGUCUUCACAGAUGUUUGGAAUUACCUCCAUAAAUCAUACAAGAUCAUGUUCGUCCGAGAACCUUUUGAUUGGUUAUUGUCAGCUUACAAGGACAAGUUUGCAUCUACGAGAACAGUGGAUCGAUACAUGCUGGAGACGUAUGGCAGAAAAAUCAUCAGAAAGUUCCGUCCGAAUGCCACCAAAAGAGCUCUGGAAGUGGGCGAUGACGUUAAAUUUCCGGAAUUCAUAGAAUAUAUUUUAAAGGAAGGCAUACAUGAGCAACUCAACUGGCACUGGAAUACUUACGAUGACCAGUGUAGGCCCUGCAGCGUGGACUUCAACUUCAUCGGUCGCUUUGAGUCCCUUUCCCGAGACGCACGAUAUGCGUUGAAGAAAGCUGGAGUUUUAAAUUUCACACAAUUUCCAACAAACAGUAAUUAUCCUAAGAGGAGAGACGAACUGAUAAAGCAUUAUUCUCAGAUCCCGCCCGAGUGGAUUAUGGAGUUGGGUCGUGUUUACCGAAGCAGUUUCGAAAUGUUUGGGUAUCCGUUUCCAGGUCCUCUCAAGGUCCUUUUAAAAAACGACACUGGUCAAACGGGAAAUUCUGGUCACUCUGGAAUUGCAGGUCAGACUGGUAAUCCUUAA